AUUUUUAAAUAUUCAGCAAAAAUUAUAUUUUUUUUUAUCUUAAUAACAGGAACCCUAAUCACUGUAUCCUCAAAUUCUUGAUUAGGAGCCUGAAUAGGGCUAGAAAUUAACUUGUUGUCAUUUAUCCCCCUAAUAAAUAAUAACAAUUUAACAUCUACAGAAGCCUCAUUAAAAUAUUUUUUAACCCAAGCCAUAGCCUCAGCAGUUCUACUGUUUGCUAUUAUAAUAAUGUAUUUAAAUAAUUACCCAAUUAUUCAAGAUAAUUCUUCUUAUAGUAAUCUAAUAAUUAUUUCAUCCUUAUUACUGAAAAGAGGGGCAGCACCCUUUCAUUUUUGAUUCCCCAAUGUUAUAGAAGGACUUUCUUGAAUAAAUGCUCUUACCCUAAUAACAUGACAAAAAAUUGCACCCCUUAUAUUAAUUUCUUACACAACACUAAAUACUUUUAUUUUUAUAGUAAUUAUUGCCUCGACUGUCACAGGAUCAUUAGGUGGACUUAAUCAAACUUCUCUACGGAAACUAAUAGCUUUUUCAUCAAUCAACCACUUAGGGUGGAUACUAGCAGCCAUACAAGCAAGUGAAUCAAUAUGAUGUAUUUAUUUUUCUUUUUAUACAUUUUUAUCAUUCAGACUAACCUUUAUAUUCAACAACUUUAAAAUAUUCCACAUUAACCAAUUAUUUAAUUCAUUCUUCAAUUCCAAAAUCCUUAAAUUUAUUCUAUUUUUAAACCUACUUUCACUAGGAGGGUUACCCCCAUUUAUUGGAUUUUUACCUAAAUGACUAGUUAUUCAAUUAUUAGUGUUAAAAAGUCAAUAUGUAUUAAUAACAAUUAUAACAGUCAUAACACUAAUUACAUUGUUUUUUUACUUACGAUUAUGUUUCGCAGCUUUUAUACUUAAUUAUUACGAAAAUAAUUGAACUAUUGAUAUAACUAUUAACAAUAUUUCUUUUAAGUUAAUAUUAAUUUUAUCAUUUAUUUCUACAUUUAGUCUAAUCCUAAUUUCUAUAAUUUAUUUAUUCUUAUAA